GCCCCCUGCGCCCCGCGGGCCAAACCGGCACCAUGCUGCGGCUUCCUGCCUUCCGGGUGUUCGGGCGUCCCGGGGCCAGCAAGGCCCCGCUGCUGGAGGACUCCGGCGCCCGCCGCUGCAGUUCGCGCCCCCUCGGCGCUCGCGACGACGCCGGCGACGCGCGCGCUUUCUUCACAACACCCAUCUUCUACGUGAACGCGGCGCCGCACAUCGGGCACCUGUACUCGGCGCUGCUGGCGGACGCCCUGUGUCGCCACCGUCGCCUCCGCGUCCCCGGCGCCGCGGCCACGCGGUUCUCCACCGGGACCGACGAGCACGGCCUGAAGAUCCAGCAGGCGGCCGCCGCCGCGGGCCUGGCCCCGUCGGAGCUGUGCGACCGCGUCUCUGGCCAGUUCCAGCGGCUUUUCCGGGAGGCCGGCAUCUCCUCCACCGACUUCAUCCGCACCACGGAGGCCCGGCACCGGACGGCCGUGCAGCACUUCUGGGGCGUCCUCAAGGCCCGGGGGCUGCUCUAUAAGGGGCUCUAUGAAGGUUGGUAUUGCGCCUCUGACGAGUGUUUCCUGCCGGAGGCCAAGGUCACCCGGCAGCCGGGCCAGUCGGGGGAUUUAUGUCCCGUGUCUCUAGAGAGCGGCCAUCCUGUGUCCUGGACCAAGGAAGAAAACUACAUUUUCAGGCUUUCCCAAUUCCGGGACCCGCUCUUGCGGUGGCUGCGGGGCGACCCUCAGACGAUCACUCCCGAGCCAUUCCAUCAGGCGGUCCUUCAGUGGCUGGAGGAGGAGUUGCCCGACCUGUCCGUCUCUCGCAGGAGUAGCCACCUGCACUGGGGCAUCCCGGUGCCCGACGACGAUUCGCAGACCAUCUACGUAUGGCUGGAUGCCUUGGUCAACUACCUGACUGUAAUCGGUUACCCAAAUGCUGAUUUCACAUCUUGGUGGCCGACCACCUCGCAUGUUAUAGGCAAGGACAUUCUCAAAUUCCAUGCUGUUUAUUGGCCUGCCCUCCUUUUAGGGGCCGGCUUGAGCCCACCGCACCGCAUCUAUGUUCACUCCCACUGGACAGUCUGUGGCCAAAAGAUGUCUAAGAGCUUGGGCAACGUGGUAGAUCCUAGGAAUUGCCUUGACCGCUAUACGGUGGAUGGCUUCCGAUACUUUUUGCUUAGGCAGGGCGUGCCCAACUGGGAUUGUGAUUACUAUGAUGAAAAGGUGGUUAAAUUGCUAGACUCGGAGCUGGCAGAUGCUUUGGGAGGUCUCUUGAACCGAUGCACUGCCAGUAGAAUAAAUCCUUCUGGGAUUUACCCAGCCUUCUGCACUAAUUGCUUUCCUAGUGAGCCAGGGUUGGUGGGACCGUCAGUUCGUGUUCAAGCAGAGGACUAUGCUCUGGUGAAGGCAGUAUCCUCUUUGCCCAAGCAGGUAGCCGACUACUAUGAUAACUUUCAGAUCUAUAAGGCUCUGGAGGCAGUGUCCAGCUGUGUCCGUCAGACUAAUGGCUUUGUCCAAAGGCAUGCACCAUGGAAGUUGAACUGGGAGAGUCCAGUGGAUGCUCCUUGGCUUGGUACUGUGCUCCAUGUAGCCUUGGAAUGUUUGAGAGUCUUUGGAACUUUGCUUCAGCCUGUCACCCCAAGCCUAGCAGAUAAGCUGCUGUCUAGGUUAGGGGUCUCUGCCACAGAGAGGGGCCUGGGAGAACUCUAUUUCUUGCCUCGAUUCUAUGGACAUCCAUGUCCUUUUGAAGGGAGGAGGCUGGGACCUGAAACUGGGCUCUUGUUUCCAAGACUGGACCAGUCCCGGGCCUGGCUGGUGAAAGCCCAUAGGACCUAGAAUCUUAGUUCUUACUGACUUGUGGUUAAAAAAAGCAAAUGUGUUUUCUUAGUUUGCAUUUUCAGGAAAGCUAUACUAAUGUUUUCUAGAUUAUUGCAUCCAAUGAGCACUUAAGCAGUGUCCCUGUGAAAUGAGGUUUCUUGUCUUUUCAGGUGCCCACCCCUAUUUCUUCAGUUCUCAGUACCCAUUAACCAUUGUUCUUGUACACCAGUGACUCUUAGGAUGUCUCCAGUGCGAAGUUAACAACUUUGCUGAUACUAUUUCUUCUUAUUGUGUCUCCUUCCAAACCACAAUUAAGUUAUUUGCCCAGAUUACCUCUCAUGGCUUGUUUUUCAUUAGCCCAGCCUCUUCUGGGCAAAUGAGCGGGUAUUGAAGGCUAUUAUUACCUCAGGGUAGGCCUACUUUGUUAUGAGUUGAGUGUCCUGUUAAAAGGAGACUCUUUUAUUAAACUUUAAAAAUCAGUGUCCUAGACUAGAUGUGUCUUGCCCAUUUUUAUAUUCUAACCACCAUAAUUAAAUCCAAUAAUUAUGCUUUUAUAACAUUACACUUCAACCAGUAGAUGGCGCUACCUUCACACUUGGUAUUAACAUGAUUUUUGAAUAGUUUUCUGCUUCUAAUUUUGCAGAAUUUAAAAUAAUCUUUAUUGCUUUUCUUAAAACAGGAUAAUAACAACCACUUCUGUUCUACAUAAAUUUAAAAAAGAUCAGAAUCCUGUUUUUCCAAGACUACUGAGGAAAUUAUUAGUUAUUAAAGUUUAAAAGUUUGUAAGUACCUUAUUCAGAUCUGUUUUGUUGCAUUUGUUGAAGGGGAUGAUGAAAGGGAGGAAGUGAUCAAUGCUGUAGGAAUCUCAAAUUGGAUUUAGGAAUUGCCAAGGCUUCAGAGGAACAUAACGGAGAUGUUAAGGGUAUCAAUUAUACAAUGAUUGCAACGCAGUAAGGCAGUGUUAUAUCUUUUAGGUGAUUGGACAGUUACAGCUAAGUGUAAAAUGAUACCUUGAAAUGCUCAUUUUCAGCAUGGUAGUGAGAUGCUCACUGUGAAAGAAACUAUUGUGCUGGUAGUCCCCUAGAUAUAUUCUAGGUACUACUGCUCAGCUCCAGUUUUUUAAUUAGCAUGCUGAGUGAUUUCUGGUUGGUUGGCAAGUGUUUAGAAAAGAAUGCAUAAGGACAUUCUAAAGGUAGAAGGCUUUGUACAAAUGUUUGUUCAGGCAUUCCUUCAUAAUGGAAUCCUGGACUUUUCAUGUAACGUACUUCAAUUACCUGUUGGGUGGGCCUCCCCGGUGGCGCACG